AUGCUCGCGCCGCAACAAGAAGUCGAAGUCGACGUCCGCAAGGAAGACCAGGACCGCAUCAACGAAUUUGGCCGCAACAACUCGCGCUUGGCCGACGUCCGCGACGAGGUCAAGGCGCUCAAGGACAAGCUCGAGACGCUCGACGAUGCCAACACGGAAAUCAUGAUGGGCGAAGGCGACAAUGUCCAGCUCUUCAUCGGCGAAAGCUUUGUGCAGGUCUCGGAAGAGUACGCCCAAGAGUACCUCGAAGCCCAGACGGAGAAAACCCAAGCCAAGGUGGAGAAGCUGCAGGCCGAAGAGGCGUCGUUGGAGGCCCGCCAGGCGGCGCUCAAGAAGGUCCUCUACGCCCGCUUUGGCACGAGCAUCAACUUGGAAGACAAGUAA